AAAUUAACAAACCUAUUCAGAAAAAACAGCUUCUUCAUUCAUAAUAUUACUAUUUAUUAUUUUAAUAUUCAAACAGAAAUUAAAUAAUAAUAAUAAUAAUAAUAAUAACACCCCCAAUAGCCACGGCCACGGCACCGGAAACGCUAUGAAAUCUUUGCUCAUAAUUUCAUUUCAAUUAUAAUCGAUUAUAUUAUAUUAUAUAUAUAUAUACAUAUUCAGAGAACAAUGAGCCUGAACCCUCAAACAACAACCACAUUACCCACUUCAUCAAACUCAUCGUCUUCAACCUCGUCUUCUUCGUCCAAAGGAAACGGUAACGGCCAAGCUUGCGCCGCCUGUAAAUACCAGCGUAGAAAGUGUGCCCCUGAUUGUAUAUUGGCUCCUUAUUUCCCUCACGACAGCCAUAGACAAUUCCUCAACGCACACAAGCUCUUCGGUGUCAGUAACAUUACCAAAAUCAUCAAGAAACUCGAUUCCCCUGCCGCCAGAGAACAAGCCAUGCGAACAAUCAUAUUCCAGUCCGAUGCACGCGCCGCCCACCCUGUCGGCGGUUGCUUCCAUAUCAUUCAAGAACUCUUGAGAAAGAUUGAAGCCACGAAAGCUGAACUCGACCUCGUUAAUCAAGAUCUCGCCGUCUACCGCGCCGCCGCCGCAGCCGCCGGCGUGCCACCACCGCCGCAGGUUCAGCACGUGGUUGAUCAGAAUUUAGUUUUGUAUAACGAUGAUAAUUCCAUGUCUAAUUUGCAACUUCAUAAUCAUCAUCAAUUUCUUCAUUCGCACGUUAUGGGUAUGGAUGGGUCAGAUCAAUUGCAGGCUUCACAGUAUGAUCUUGUUCAGGAUGAUGUUAGUUCGUGGGUCGUACAAGAUUCCGGCAUUGAUAUGAAGCCUUCUACUGAAGAAGUAGGUCUUGUUGAUGAUCAAGAUCUUCAUCAUCAUGUCAAACCUCUUCUUCAAAUUCCAUCUGAUGAGAAGAUUAAUAUUGAUAAUAGGGUAGUACUUGCUGAACACCAUCAUCAUCAUGACCCACGAGUUGAUGAUGAAACCAUGCUAAUAAGGACAAAUGUGGAUGAUGAUAAUGUGACAUUGAAGGAAGAGAAUGAGAAUGAUCAUUACACUAUUCAACAAAAUGUUAAUAAUGGCGAUGGUGAAGAUCUAAGAGAUGCAGCUACUUUGUUUACCCUUAAAAAUUCUACCACUUAAAAAGGGGUAGGAAUAAUAAUAACACUAUGUUAUUAUAUUCCUCCCCUUCUAUAUUACUUUCUUAUUUUCUUUGUUUUUGUUUGUUUCUUCUUUCUCCUUUUUUGUUUUUUUUUCAAUUAUUUAGGCUUAGGAAGAACAUAAGAAUUUUACAUAUUUAUGCAUAUAUAUUAGCAAUAUAAUGUAGCAAGUUUUUUUUUUCUUGACAAAAUUUUGAACCUUUAUUUUCUGUCA